UCCAUGAAAUAGAUAAUGGUCAAUGUCCAGUCACUUCCGGGUAGAUAAGAGCUGCCUUGAUCCGAAUGCUGCUAGGGCCUACACUUUAUAAAUUGGCGACGAAGACAAAGAUAGGCCUAUUCUACAACCCAUAGAGUACACACUUCCCCUUGUAAAUUUACAUGAUGAGUAACUUAGUAGUACACUUUUUGACUCGAAAUGCCAACAGACUACAUGCUAUGCGAUGGAUUAGGAGCCUUCACAUUAAAAUGCCAAUAAUACACGUUCCUGCAGUCUUUAUGUUUGGAAAGACGUCGUCUGUGAGGUCUUUUUCGGAAAAAGUGUCUUCAACGUCAUCCAAGUUAAUCAGCAAGAGUGGCAGCGAUAAUGGUUUCAAUAAAGUACAGGCAAUUUUUGCGUCAGAUGAUGGUAAAUUUGUAAACGUUUCAUGGAAUGAUGGUCGUGUGACGCAUUAUCCGUACAUUUGGCUAAGGGAUAACUGCCGUUGCAAACAUUGCUAUGAUUUCAAUCUCAAUGAAAGAGUAUUUUCUUUAAAAGACAUUAAUGCAAGUGCAACACUACAUUUUUCUGAGUUGGCUGAAGACAGUACUUUAAAACUACAUGAUACAAGCGGGCAUACUACAGUCAUUCAUCCCUCAUGGUUAAAAGACCGAAAUGUUGGAGAGAUCAGGAGUGAUCCUCUCAUAAAACAAAUACACUGGGGGUCUGAUGUGAUGACAUAUUUGCCAAGAUUCCAAUACGAUGAUGUAAUAAAUAAUAGCACUACCCUCUAUAAGUGGAUGAAAUGCACCAAAGAAUAUGGCUUAUCUUGGAUUAAAGGAGCGCCGACGCAAAACGACGAGCUCAGGACACUUGGGAAAAGACUUGCCCAUCUUAGGGAAACAUUUUACGGUGUUGUUUCGCGGGUCGAAUCGAAAGCAGAUCCAUUCUUUUUGGGCUAUACUUCAAAGGAGUUACCUUUGCACACAGACUACACGUAUGGAGCCAACAUUCCAGGGAUUGUUUUUCUGCAUGGAAUAAAAUGUGCGCCCUCUGGUGGUAAAAGCUGGUUGGUUGAUGGGUUUAAAUUGGCAAAAGAUCUCAAGAAGAAUGAUCCAACUGCAUUCAAGUUGUUAUCUACUGGUAUACUGAACUAUGAAAUGAAUGGAUUUGAUAUUGGGCCACAAUUUGAUCACAGGUGUAAUACACAGGUUAUAAGAGUCAAUUGGCGCGGUGAUGUUGACAAAAUCGCAUACAAUGACUAUACACGGACAGAGUAUUUGACUAACAUCUCUGUUGAUGACAUGCCAGCGUAUUAUGAAGCAUUGACUAAAUUUAUCUCCAUGGCCUACUCCCAAGAAUACCUUCUAGAAGCUAUGAUUGAGGAAGG